CACAGUUCGUCUGUGCCGUAUAUAGUACCUAUAUCGAAGUAUCUCCAUACAAAAUGCAAUAACGGUGCACCGUGCAGCUUUUUUUUUUCCCCAUAAUUUGUGAAGCGUUUUGCGAGUAUGGAGGGUAAGCACCUGCUAAGUACUACGCUGGACGCUCCUGACAUAGCCGUGGUUGCGGCUUACUUUGUGUCUGUACUCGCUGUUGGAAUAUGGUCCUCCAUGAAGAGCAAACGGGACACUAUGAGCGGAUAUUUCCUCGCAGGUCGUGGAAUGAAUUUCGUACUGGUUGGAACAUCCCUGUUUGCAAGCAAUAUGGGCACGGACCAUUUUGUCGGUCUAUCGGGUUCAGGUGCUGCUGGAGGAAUCACCAUUUCCGUUUUCGAACUGAACGCGCUGUUCGUCGUGCUCAUCUUGGCCUGGGUGUUCGUUCCGGUUUACCUGGCUUCUGGGGUGUUCACAAUGCCAGAGUAUCUUAGGAAGCGGUUCGGAGGCCAAAGAAUACGCAUCUACCUCGCAGUACUAGCCUUACUGCUGUACAUAUUCACGAAGAUAUCGGCGGAUCUAUAUGCAGGAGCCUUGUUUAUUCGGGAGUCUCUCAACUGGAACCUCUAUGCUUCCAUUGCUGUCCUUCUCGCUAUCACAGUUAUCUCUACAGUGGGCGGCGGGUUAACUGCGGUGCUCUGGAUUGAUUUCGUCCAAGCACUUAUCACUGUCCUUGGUGCCUCAGUGUUAGCUGCGUUGGCCUUCAUAGAGGUCGGGGGGUACGAUGCUCUUAUCCGGAAGUUCGCCAACGCUACGGCGCCCACCGAAGAGGCGGGCCACGAUUCCAUGAACCAAACAUGUGGCACAAUACCAGAACGGUACAUGCACCUGUUCCGGUCGGCAGGAGACAGCGAAAUGCCUUGGCCGGGGAUGACGCUCGGGGUCACCAUCAACGCCAUUUGGUAUUGGUGCUCUGACCAAGUAAUAGUGCAACGAUCUCUGUCUUCAAAGGAUCUGUCACAUGCAAAAGCCGGCAGCAUUCUCACUGGCUAUCUCAAACUCCUUCCUUUGUUUGUUAUGGUAUUUCCAGGAAUGGCCGCGCGUGUCCUAUAUCCAGACAUCAUAGGCUGCUCCAGACCUGACAAGUGCCAGCAAUAUUGCGGCAACGAGUACGGUUGCACGAACAUCGCAUAUCCUCUAUUGGUUCUGAAGCUGAUGCCAGUGGGCGGCAAGGGAUUGAUGAUGGCAGUGAUGACGGCCUCCUUGGUUGGUAACUUAGCUUCCAUAUUCAACAGCGCUUCCACACUCUUCACCGUCGACAUAUGGGACACCGUACGCAAAAGACGAUCAUCCGAGAUGGAGCUGCUUCUCGUAGGAAGAUGCUUCGUGGCGGUCCUGGUGGCUGUCAGCAUCAUGUGGAUACCAGUGAUUGAAGCGUCAUCUGGGAGCCGACUCUUCGAUUACAUUCAGAGCGUCACCAGUUAUAUGGCUCCCCCGGUCUGUGCAGUGUAUCUUCUAGCAAUUACGUGGGAGCGCAUUAAUGAACCAGGCGCCUUCUGGGGCUUGAUGGUGGGCCUCGCGAUGGGCAUGGCACGUUUCAUCUGGGAGUAUACGUACUCCCUUCCCCCCUGCGCAUCAGGGUUGCCUGAUCCUCGUCCGGAUAUUAUCACCAAGGUUCACUACCUCCACUACGGGAUAAUGUGCUUCGUUGUAACGGCGACCACGGCCACGUUGGUCUCCCUCUGCACGAAGCCAAUCCCUCCAGACAGGCUAUAUCGCCUGACGUAUUGGACAAUUGAGUCGACUGAGCCGAGGAGGGAUUUGGAAACGAACCGCCGGCCCAGUCUAUGUCAAGACACAGGCCAUGCUAACGCUGCGUGUGCAAAGGAGGACGACGACGUACACGUCAAUGGAGAAGUGCCCACCGUGGAUAUUCUGCAGAUCGCCGAAACCCCCGAGCAAGUACGGCAGCAUCGGCCCAAGUGGAAAAGGGCACUGUUCUGGAUCUGCGGGGCGGAGAUCGAAAAAGAGAAUGUGUCCCCUCCAGAUCUGACUCCUGCCGAAGAAGCCCUCGAGGCCGUGCGCGCCAUCCAGGAAAAGCCUGUGCUGCGGCGACUGUGUGCCAUCAACGGACUCGUUCUGCUGGGAGUAGCCUGCUUCGUGUUCGGCUACUAUGCUUGAAAACUGUUGUACAAUAGGGAGGUCCACGCGUGAGGUUACCAUAUUGGACGUGAGCGUUUGGAAGCUCCUGCUCCUGCGUGUGUGUCUGGUGCAGGAUAUAGUUCGCGUUGUAGGUGAACAACACGGAGACGGGAAGACAUGAAUAGUCCGAGCAAGAAUCUGGUCCCUGACAUCUAUAUUUAUAAGAAACGUAUGGUACGGAUAACGUAAUAAUACGCAUCAUCGUCAUCAUCAACAACAUCACAACGGGAACGGUGAACAGUUCGGUUUCAAUCGGCAGCAUAAUAUGCUUGACUGAUGACCUAUGCUAUUACAAGGAAGGGAUGGGACUCAAAAAGUUAUGAGGUCACGCUAUGCACGAAUGACACCA